AUGGACGGCGAGCUCUUACCUGCGCAUGCAGGGCCUGUGAUAUACCCGUUUGCCUCCCGCUACCCAUAUCAUCGCCGCACGUCGAUCAGCCUUUCAUGGGGGCUCUUCCUCGCCCUGAUUCUCCCUACUCUAUUCCGCCAUUACGGGCUCGCGCACCCCCUGCGAUGCCUGUCCAUAGCCAUCCCUGCGAGUCUUCUGCCGGCGCUCCCGUGCGCAUCGGCGCUUAACGCGUCCUCCUCGAGCUCUUCGCUCGCGCUCGCGUUCCUGAAUGGUGCUUCGGUAGUCGACCGACUCCUGAUGGGCACCCUCUCGGACCACGGAGUCGCGGGACACAUCGUCGCCGGCUGGAUGGUGUCCGGAGCCACGUAUGGCAUUCUGGCGGGCGGGUGGAUCAUCGAUGCCGAUGCCGAUGUUGUUGUAUCGCCCUCAAGGGGCGACCCGACGCUGUCCAUGGCGCUCUUCGGCUUCCUGAUGCUCUCGCGCCGGAUUGGCAGCGUUCUCUCGGCCCCUAUUAUGAAUGCCCUAUCCGCGGCCAUCGACGGCGUGGAUGUCGGCCAUCUGCGCCUCAAGACAGGGUUCGAGGUCCUGGGCGGCUGGUUCGAGCAGGUGAUCGUGUAUGUCGGGGCUUGCUUUGCGGGCGCAGCGCUGGUGUAG